AUGAAAGCGCAAAGCCUGCGUGCGCAGACGAAGGGCUCCUCCGGGGCGGAGCACACGAGCGCCGGGUCGAGGAAAUGCGCGUACUUGCAAGAGGCGGCGACGAAGGUCUCGGACGAGCUCCCGCACCUCGCGGCUGAGCUGAUGUCCGCGGCUCAUGUUGUCGCGCGGGAUAACAACCUCCCCAGGGCGGUGUUCAAGGUGCGACUGGGUCACGGAUGGCGACGCGAGCGAGAUGAAGUUGUUAGGGAUUCGGAUUUGUUACUUUUUUCUCGGUGA